AUGCCAAGUUUCUCAAAUACAGAUUCAUUGUAUUUUUUUGGUGAAGAAUACAGAGUAUAUUUUAAUAUUGUUCAUAUUAUUAAUGCAUUUAAAGCAAUCAUAGGAUCAGAUUUAGCUAAACUAAUAUUUGAAACUGUGAUCCUAGCAAAUGCUUGGGGUUUUUUUGGAGUAAUUUCAUUAAUACAUGUUACAGUAGGAUUAUUUUUUAUAUCAUUAGCAAUUUUAUCUCUUUAUAAAGAAAGAUAUAUUUUAAUAAUUCCACUUGUUAUAUUAAAAUUUGCUGAAUUAUUUAUUUACAUAUCAACUAUAAUUUUAUUAGCUGUAUUACUUUUAAUUGGAAGUAAUGGAAAAAAAUGGUUACGUAAAUUAUUAUUAUGGAAACUUCGCCGUCUUGAAUAUCCUGAUCUCAGUAUUUUGCCUUAUUUUCUAAUAUUAAUGAAUAUAUUUUUUAUUGCUGCUAAUCUUCAUACAUUAUUUAUUUCUAUUAAAGCUAUUCAUUACUAUAAACAAAAAGCCAUGUCAGAGUACUUAUAUAGAAGACGAAAAAUUUUGGCACCAUUUUUAUGA